AUGCUCGUCCUCGCUAGUAACCAGCCGGAGCAAUUUGACUGGGCUAUCAACGACCGAAUGGAUGAAAUUGUCGAAUUUGACCUACCCGGGUUGAGUGAGCGAGAACGACUCGUUCGUCACUACUUUGAUAUAUACCUGUUACAACCGUCACUUGACAGUCGUCAGCGCAUACGCCUUGCGAAUAACAUUGACUACGCAGGCGAAUGUACUGAGGUGGCUCGUCGUACCGAAGGAUUCUCCGGUCGAGAGAUUUCAAAAAUUGCGGUAGCUUGGCAGGAACGUGUUUCUGCACCCACACAUUUGACCACAAUAGUGAAUUGA